CAGACUCCAGGUCUACAGAGCCUCAACGCAGCAACAAUGGCGACGGCGAGAACGGUGAAGGAUGUUUCUCCUCAUGAAUUCGUCAAGGCUUACGCCGCUCACCUCAAACGAUCCGGCAAGAUGGAGCUUCCUGAAUGGACUGAUAUAGUGAAAACUGCUACCUUCAAGGAACUUGCUCCGUAUGAUCCAGAUUGGUAUUUUAUCCGUGCUGCUUCUAUUGUUAGGAAAAUAUACUUGAGGGGUGGUCUUGGUGUUGGUGCAUUCCAGAGAAUUUAUGGUGGUCACAAGAGGAACGGAAGCAGUCCACCUCAUUUUUGCAAAAGCAGUGGUGGUAUUGCUCGCCAUAUUCUUCAACAAUUGGAAACCAUGAAAAUCAUCGAUAUGGAUCCCAAAGGAGGGAGAAGGAUUACUUCGAACGGGCGACGAGAUCUUGACCAAGUUGCUGGGCGAAUCGUGGUUGCACCUUGACGGUCAAUUAUGUCGUAAUUUUUGAUAUUCAUGUAGCUAAACAAAUUUUGGUGAAAUGGUUUUGUUAUCCAUUUUGAGUCUUGACAUAUUUUGGUAGUAUUUCUGCAAAAAUUGCGGACAUGACUUGUUUGGAAUACUAGUAAUAGUGAGUUGAUUUAAGGGACCUUAAACAUGACUCACA